AAAGAAUCGGUGUGUGUUGGGCUCGGGUCAAUCUAAAGGCAAACCCUCGCUUGCAAGUCGCAAGUUUGUGAUGGCGGCCUCUUCGUCCUCUCUCUCUUCCUCCGACGACUCUUCUCCUCACCGCCGCAGGCGUCAUCACCGCCAUCGCCGAGACCGUGACAAGGAUAAAGACUCUCUCAAGAUCCGAAAGAAGACCAAAUCCCAAUCCCAAUCCCGCGGAAAACGACGCCGUAAGCAUCACCGCCAUUCUUCCCAUUCCGAUUCCGAUUCUGAUUCCGAUUCAUACUCUUCCUCCUCCAUCUCAGAUCUCUCCAGAAGUGAAACCUCUUCUGAUAGUGAGCAUGAAACAUCUCAUCGUUCAAAUAGGCACAAAAGGAGCGACAGACCAAAGAAGAAUAAGGAAAAGGAACGAAGUAAAAGCCACCGCCAUAAGCGACAGAAGCAUAAAGUAAAAGAGAAGCAGCAUGAUGAGAGGAGUAGCAGCCCUGUGCAGCUUUCCAAGUUUUUAGGGCGUGACAAAGAUGAUGGUGUCCGUCGAAGUGCUGUAUCUGGCAAGAAGAUUCUUCUGAAACUUGAAAAGACAAAGGAAGAUAAGGUGGCUGAAAGCAAGAGAAAUGAACUGCUGAACUUUUUAAAUGCUAGUUUUGAUUAGCAUUGAGAAGUUAUGGAGUUGAUAGGGGGUACCACAAAAUCUGCAUAGAACCAAAUUUAUUUACAUGGCUGCAUAAGUUAUUUUUCCAUUAUAAGAACGAGGCAGCCUACCACUUCCCUUGGGGAGGGGAAUAUAUUGAUGUCGUGCUUACCUUUGAAAGACAUUAAGAUUAGUGGGUUUCUCUUUUGUGAGAUUUGCUGAGUUUUUGUAGGAUGAGAAGAUUUUGACCCAGCAGAUUCCAUACAUGGUAUUUUGAGAUUGGGGUAAUCAUUGUGUUAUGAGCCAAGAUUAUUAUUUUUUUUUAAAUUUUUUUUUGUGUUGUUUAUUUAGUCACAUAUGACUGAGUUGUUGUUCCCCUCUUUUACCUCGAUAUUUUUUCUGAAAA